AUGGCCCGCCUAACGGAGAGCGAGGCGCGCCGGCAGCAGCAGCAGCUCCUGCAGCCGCGGCCCUCGCCAGUGGGCAGCAGUGGGCCCGAGCCCCCCGGGGGGCAGCCCGACGGCAUGAAGGACCUGGACGCCAUCAAGCUCUUCGUGGGCCAGAUCCCGCGCAACCUGGACGAGAAGGACCUCAAGCCGCUCUUCGAGCAGUUCGGCCGCAUCUAUGAGCUCACGGUGCUCAAAGACCCCUACACGGGCAUGCACAAAGGCUGUGCCUUUCUCACCUACUGUGCCAGGGACUCUGCCAUCAAAGCUCAGACUGCCCUGCACGAACAGAAGACCUUGCCCGGGAUGGCACGGCCAAUCCAGGUGAAGCCUGCGGACAGCGAAAGCCGAGGAGGUAGGGACCGGAAGCUGUUUGUGGGGAUGCUGAACAAGCAGCAGUCAGAGGAGGACGUGCUGCGGCUGUUCCAGCCCUUCGGGGUCAUAGACGAGUGCACCGUGCUCCGGGGGCCCGACGGCAGCAGCAAAGGCUGUGCCUUCGUGAAGUUCUCCUCCCAUACGGAGGCUCAGGCGGCCAUCCACGCCCUGCAUGGCAGCCAGACCAUGCCGGGUGCUUCCUCCAGCCUGGUGGUCAAGUUUGCUGACACGGACAAGGAGCGGACGCUGCGGCGCAUGCAGCAGAUGGUGGGCCAGCUGGGCAUCCUGACGCCGUCCCUCACCCUGCCCUUCAGCCCCUACAGUGCCUACGCCCAGGCUCUCAUGCAGCAGCAGACAACGGUCCUGUCCACCUCAGGCAGCUACCUGAGCCCCGGCGUGGCCUUCUCACCCUGCCACAUCCAGCAGAUCGGCGCCGUCAGCCUUAACGGGCUGCCCGCCACACCCAUCGCCCCUGCCUCUGGACUGCACUCGCCCCCGCUGCUCGGCACCACCGCCGUGCCCGGCCUCGUGGCUCCGAUCACCAACGGCUUCGCAGGUGUUGUGCCCUUCCCUGGCGGGCACCCCGCCCUAGAAACCGUAUAUGCCAAUGGCCUUGUGCCCUACCCAGCUCAGAGCCCGACGGUGGCCGAGACCCUUCAUCCUGCCUUCUCCGGAGUCCAGCAGUACACAGCCAUGUACCCCACCGCGGCCAUCACGCCCAUCGCGCACAGCGUCCCCCAGCCGCCGCCCCUCCUGCAGCAGCAGCAGCGAGAAGGUCCCGAAGGCUGUAACCUGUUUAUCUACCACCUCCCCCAGGAGUUUGGAGACACGGAGCUGACACAGAUGUUCCUGCCCUUCGGCAAUAUUAUCUCCUCCAAGGUGUUUAUGGAUCGGGCCACCAACCAGAGCAAAUGUUUUGGCUUCGUGAGCUUUGACAACCCGGCCAGCGCGCAGACCGCCAUCCAGGCCAUGAACGGCUUUCAGAUCGGCAUGAAGAGGCUCAAAGUGCAGCUGAAGCGGCCCAAAGAUCCGGGACACCCCUACUGACCGGCCCACAGCGCCCUGAGGCUGCGGGCUUGGCCCAGGUGAGCCGCCAGGCGGCCCCGCCCCCGCUCCCGCCCCCACCCCGGUCUUGUCCGCACCCCCUCCUCAUUCUCCAAACCCUCCCGAGGCUGGGGGGAUGCUGCAAGAGGCUACAAGGAGCCCCCAGGUUUGGUUGACGGGGACAGAGCUGGACGAAGACACUCCCAAUCCCCCCCUAACCCCCCCCCCCCGCCUCC